CUUCUUCCUGCUUCUUCUUUGUUGCAUUGGGGAACUUCCCCGAUAGCCUUCUUCCCCUCCUCACGCCGUUCGGCGCACACGAUUGAUUGACAGGCAGCUCCCGGCCAGGCAUCUUCCGUGCCUUACUGACCGGCCUGUCCCGCCCCACGGGUCGCUGCACCCUUCCCACGAAUUUGAAUGAGGCUUCUCUCCUUAUCCAUAUAUCAACCAUCCGACUGUCCUCACAGCUGAUCCGGCAUUUAACUUCUUAUCCACUACACUCUUCCGCCUACUUCAGCUGCGCCGUCCUUUGCCCUCUCCAACAACCGGCUCCUUCCAUCAGCACUUGACACAUUCUCCACCCUACCUCCUUUCGACACCAUGACUGCUGCUACAGCGAGAUUGAUUCGCGGGCAGCCGCCUUCCCCACCGCAGUCCACCGAUGGAGAUCCCGCUCCCGAAGCCCACCGGGACUCCUGUGGCAUGCUCCCGUCGCUUUAUGGACACCCUGACACUUUCGCGCCUGCGGGGCUGCCGGGGACCCACAGGCAUGGAGAGACGGCAUAUGAUCAAAGACCCUCUGGCUACGCUUCCCCGCCCCCGCAGUAUGUUUCCUCCGGUGACUACUCAAGAGCUUUCCCACUGCAGAAUCAGAUGGCAGGGCUUCAGGUCAAUACCCCGCCUCCCGCUGCGGAUGAGGGUCUAGUUCCAAACUCCUUGUCACAGUGGGGCUCGCCCCCAUCCCAGAAAAAGGUGAUAAAGGCAAGGGUAUCUAGACCGACUAGGGUUCGUCGCCGGACGAGGAAAGCAAAGGAUAGGGAGAUGAGACACCGGCUCGAGGGCCCUUUGAGCCAACUUACCAAGGACAUGGACAGUGUUCCGCUUCGAGACAUGGAAGAAUAUGUGCAUCGGUCGAUUGAAAAAAGACUGGACGAUGUGCGCAAGAACCAGGGCAAGGUCGCCAGACCCAUGAACUCCUUUAUGCUCUAUCGGUCAGCAUAUGCGGACCGAACCAAGAAACUGUUCUCACAAAAUAACCACCAGGUUGUGUCCGAGGCAGCAGGGGACAGCUGGAGGCUUGAAACCCAGGAAAUCCGUGAAAAAUAUGAGCGUCUGGCCAGUAUCGAAAAGGAUAAUCACCUGAAGGCUCAUCCGGGAUACAAAUUCUCGCCGGCAAAGGAUAAAAAAAAGCGAACUGGAGUUGAGGAUGGGCGGCCUAUGAUGAAUACCCCCGAUUCUAGCCCAGCUCUGCUCCAACACCGCGCUCUGAGCUCGUCCGAAGUCGACAGCAGUGGAUGGGAAAGCCGUGACUCGACACCAUUUGAUUUUCACUCCGACCAUGGCUUGCCCCGUGAGCCUUUUCUACCUCCUUCUGCAUGGCAUGCAAAUAACCAUGGCCGGCCACACAUGAUACCCUCUUCUGAACCAACGGCCCAUUACCUCCAUCAAGCGAUGCAGUCGGGCCUCAUGCCGCAUGUGGAAGAUGUACGGUUCAGAAAGUCUGGGUUGCAGGACAUGCAAUACGUUCCAUCAACGUCGUUGGCUGCAUUGCCCGGAGGUGCCCAUCAUGAUCUUCUGCAGCCGUCCAAUCCGAUGCCAGGUGGUGGUCAGCUGGAUCCCCAAUUGUUGACCAUGCAAACCGAGCUUCAGAGUCCUACGCAGUUGUUCGGCAAUUCCCCAUAUCCCGGUGUAUGGCAAGAGACUACCGCUAGCAAUUGCUACUCCCCUGUUCCAGCGUCGGUGGCCCCUACCUCGGUUUCGUAUCCGGCAGGGUCGGUCUAUCCACCGACAAUGCACCCGCUAGACAAUCGUGAGACAUGGGAAUCCGGCCAUGAGACGACCCUGGACGGUGCGGGGGGCGAGUUUGACCGCUGGAUAAACCCACAGGGCCAAGGAUUCUAGAAAAUGCUCCGAAUCCGUCACGACCAUGACGAACGCAAUGAGAUUCAUUGACCAUCUAGUGGUGUAUCUGCUUUCUAAUCUUGAUUCCCAGGGUGUACAUCUACUUCGCUUGCAAGACCUCGGGGCCGGAGUUGUUAUGGCGGCGAAAAUAAGUUUUUCUUCCUUUCUUUCUUCCUUUCUUCUUUUCUUUUCAAAUAGUGAAUUUGGGUUCUUAUUUUCUUGUAACGGUUUGUGAACCUCUAUCGUUGUCUACCUAUCAAUUGGUAUGCUUUUUUCGGGGCCUCUCUUCUUCCUCUCUCUCUCUCUCUAUCUCUCUUUUUCUUGUUGAGCUAUGGGUAUGGACACGGACUUGUUCUCCUCUUUCUGGAUGGUGUCUUUGCUGGAACUAUUGUGGUUAUUUCAUGAUAAUUGCG